GCCCUCUGCAAGCUAUAAUAGGAGGGUGACCGAUAAGAUGGGCCGUACAUAAAACCCUCUCCCACAUCACACCUUGCCUGAGAGUCUACAUGCAUUCAUUCAGACAUGGCAAGUAAAAAGGCCUCCAAUAAAAGGCAGAGGGGGAAUCAGAAGUCCUGCUCCAAUGUAUUUUCAAUGUUCGAGCAGUCGCAGAUACAAGAGUUCAAAGAGGCUUUUGGCUGCAUUGACCAGGACAGAGAUGGUGUCAUCAAGAAGCAGGACCUGAAGGAGACCUACGCUCAGCUUGGAAAGCUUAACGUUAAGGACGAGGAGCUGGAGGAGAUGCUGAGUGAAGGGAAAGGUCCCAUCAACUUUACUGUGUUUCUGAGCCUUUUUGGGGAAAAGCUCAAUGGCACUGAUCCUGAAGACACCAUACUUGCUGCUUUCAAACCGUUUGACCCUAAUGGGACAGGUUGUGUUAAUAAAGACGAGUUUAAACGAUUACUGAUGAACCAGGCUGAUAAAUUCACUGCAGAAGAGGUGGAGCAGGCCUUCGCUCUGGCACCGAUUGACCCAAUCGGCAACAUCGACUACAAGCAGCUCUGCUACAUCAUCACACAUGGAGAUGAGAAGGAGGAAUCCUAAGAGGACUGACUAUUACGCAGUCUAUCAACAUGGCUGCCACGUAGGAGCAACAACCACUGUUGAUUGUUGGAGAUAAUCUGUUUUGUUGGUGAAAUGUUUGAUAUAUUCAAGCUGUUGCAUAAACGGCACAUCUGGUUUUAGGAAACGGUGCAGUGAAAGCUUUUAAAGAAUAGAUUGCUAGACUCUUUCCGUAAAAAUAACAAAUAACUGGUAAAAUGAUAACUUGGUUUGGAAACCACUGCAAAUCUCUACACAUAGGAGAGAUUAUAAACACGAGUCUUUCCUUGAAAUCUUCUACAAUAAAUGUUUGA